AUGGAGAACUUAGACAAUAUCAAAUUAUACCUCAAAUCCCUUGACAAAUCUAUCUCACAAUAUGAACCAACCCUAGAACCGCUCCUAUCACGAACACUCGACGAGCACCUAGCUCAACAAACGACACCACAAUCCAAAAUCACAUUUCUCAAUAAUUUUCAAUACGUACUAAUAUCGACAAUUUAUUCAUAUUUAAAAACAAUUGGAAUAGAUACUGAUACUCACCCCAUUAAGAAGGAGUUAACUAGAGUCAAGAGUUAUAUGAUGAGAGCUAAGAAUAUGGACAAUAACAAAAACAACGAACAGGAAGCCAUUGCAGAUAAGGCAAAGACCAAGGAGUUUUUGACGCAGACUUUGGGUGUCAAGAAUGGGGUUGAAAAUACUGUCAAGGAUAUAGGACCAGCUAUAAGUACGCAAAAUUUCCAGGGCACUCACACCAAAUUUGAAGAUGAGGACCAUAGUAGUGGUGAAGAAGAGGAGAAGUCGGAGUUACUGAGUAAAGUGAAGCAAAAGACGCCGAUUGAGAGUGUCAAAAGGGACAAACUGAAGAAAAAGAAUAAACCAUCGAUUAAGGCGAAGGCCAACUCAAAACCGCUGAAGAAUAAAAUAGCCAAGGUCAAACAUGGAUAUCUACCACCAAGACCGGACAAGAAAAAACCUAAAUCGUAA